AUGUUCAAGUCAGAAACGGUUACAGGAGAAUUCAUCCUACUGGGGGUCUCUGACCAACCACAACUGGAGAUGCUGCUUUUCGUGGUCUUUCUGGUCUUGUACGUCAUGAACCUGGUGGGGAACCUGGCCAUCAUUGUGGUUUUGUGGCUGGAACCCAGUCUCCACACCCCUAUGUAUUUCUUCCUCAGCAACCUCUCUUUCCUGGACCUUUGCUACACCACCAGCACUGUUCCUCAGAUGCUGGUGAACUUCCGAAGCACCCACAAGUCCAUCACCUGGGCUGGUUGCGUGGCCCAGCUCUACGUCUUCCUCUCGUUGGGCUGCACUGAGUGCCUCCUGCUGGUCGUCAUGGCCUACGACCGCUAUGUCGCCAUUUGCCAGCCACUGCGCUACACAAUUGUCAUGAGCCCCCGCCUCUGCCUGCAGAUGGCGGCCACCGUCUGGUUGAGUGGCUUCAGCAACUCCAUGCUGCAGACCAUCCUGAUCGUGCGGGUGCCCCGGUGUGGGCAGAACCGGGUCCACCACUUCUUCUGCGAGUUGCCAGCCAUGAUGAAGCUGGCCUGUGUUGACAUCUCCGCCAAAGAGGCUGAGGUUUUUGCUGUCAGUGCGAUCUUCCUGCUGCUGCCGCUGGGCCUCAUCCUGGUCUCCUACGGCUACAUCGUCGCUGCCGUGCUGAGGAUUCGCUCGGCCCAGGGCAGGCUCAAGGCCUUCAACACUUGUGCCUCCCACCUGGCUGUGGUGUCGCUCUUCUAUGGCACAGCCAUUUUCAUGUAUCUACAGCCUCCAUCCAGCUACUCCCAGAAGCGGGGCAAGAUGGUCUCCCUCUUCUAUGGCAUCAUCGCCCCCAUGCUGAACUCGCUGAUCUACACCCUGAGGAACAAAGAUGUGCACAGGGCCCUAAGGAAGGUGCUGGGGAGGCUAUUCAGGAGUAAGACGACAUGA